GAGGAGGAGACCCGAGAAAGCAAAGACCCCACCAGCCCGGGAGACCCCAGAAAGGGAGGGUCGGCUCUCUUGCCCAGGGAAUCCGGAUUGCGCUGCGCUGCGCUGCGCUGGGCGCCCGACCUGCUCUCCGUCCUUCUUAAGGGGCGCCCGCCCUGCAGGUUUACAGCCUGCUCAGAAGAAAAGUUAAUCUUUGUCAACACGUCCAAACAUGUCCGUAAAGACCUCUCCAAAUUCUACUCUGGGUUCCCCCGAUUGCGGGGAUGUUUCUAUCAUCUUCGUGGGGAAAUCCGACGUCGGGAAAUCGGCUCUUCUUAAUGCCGUACGACAGAUGACUGAAGAUGAUGUCGGAUCAGCCCCUGUGGGGGCUCCGGUGAAAUCUGAAAAGCCCAUCAUGUACCCUGACCCGACUUUUGAUAAUUUACUGCUGUGGGAGCGGUCGAUGGAGGGCAAAGGCCACGCGGAUCAAUGGAUGAGAGAGGCCGACCUGAUUGUGUUGGUGACCGACGACAGGUUCGAGGAUUCUCACGGCCGCCUUGUGUUGGAGGCGCGGCAAGCCGGCAAAAAGGUUUAUUUUGCCCGGACCAAGGCUGAUCUGGAACUUCACACUCUCAAGCGGUUGAUGGGGCAGCGUUACGAUCGGUCGGAAGUCCUGCAGGCCCUCCGGGGGGCGUGUACUGAAUCCCUGGGGAUCCUCCCUCUGGUGGAUCCCUUUGUAUACCUGAUCUCUGCUUUUGAGCCUGGCGCCCUCGAUUGCCCCCGGCUGCGGGAAGAUUUGCUGAAGGACCUGCACCACUAUGAAAGGGUGCAGAAGCCCACUCGCUUCGGCUUCGAAGAGCCCAGCGAAAAAGAGAUUGCCGAGAUCCAGGAAGCCUACGAACUUGGGGGUCUCUCCGAGGUGGUGACCCGAAUCCAGUGCAGUUUGGAAAACAUCUGGAAUGCCCAGCUGGAUAUUGCGAUCACAGGAGAAUCGGGCGCCGGGAAAUCCACCUUUGUUAACGUCCUGAGGGGCAUGGGUGAUGAAGAGGAAGGGGCGGCCGCAACGGGCGUGACAGAGACCACAAUGAAGCCCACGCCAUAUCCUUAUCCUGGGCACGCCAAUGUCAUCCUGUGGGAUCUCCCCGGUAUAGGAACGCCUAACUUCCAGGCUGAUAAAUACUUAGAAAUGGUAGAGUUUUCCCGUUACGAUUUCUUCAUCAUCCUGGCUUCCGAACGGUUUAAAGAAAACCACGUCCGUUUGGCCCAGGCCAUUGUCCAACAGGGAAAGCAGUUCUACUUCGUACGCACCAAGAUAGACAACGAUUUGGAGGCCGAGCGGAGGAAGAAGAACCCACCCACGGAAGCCGAAGUUCUGGAGGUGAUCAAAAAGGAUUGCCAGAGCAAGCUUUCCAAAGCUGGGCUGAGCGAUGCCAAGGUGUUCCUUCUCAGCAGUUUUUACCUCGACAAGUUUGACUUCCAGGCUUUUGAGGAAACUCUGGAGCAAGAACUGCCCACCUAUAAGCAACAGGCUUUUCUCCUGUCUCUGCCCAACGUCUCCACGGUGAUCAUAGAGAAGAAGAAGAAGGUCCUUCAGCAGGAAAUCUGGAAGGUGGCUUUGAUUUCCAGCUUGGUAGCUGCUGUCCCUUUGCCGGGCCUGGCCUUCACCUGUGACGUAUCCAUUUUGCUCAAGAAGUUGUCCAGUUACCGGCAAGAUUUCGGCCUCGAUGCAGCAUCUUUAUCCCGUCUGGCUGAACGAUCCGGGAAGUCCAUGGAGGUCCUGAGAAAAGAAGUGCAGAGUUGUCUAGGCCGUAGCAUCAACAAGGAUUUGGUGAUCAAUUUGCUGGGAAAGGCCACCGGAACAGGCCUGAUGGUGGCCAACCUUUUCCUCCAUCGGUUCCCGAUUUAUGGCGCCCUGGCCUCUGGCGGUAUCUCUUUUCAUACCACCUAUUCCAUGUUGAGACAGUGCCUGGAAGAGCUGGCUGCGGACUCCCAACGCGUCCUUAUGAAGGCCUGUGAAAGUCACGUCUGAUGUGGCUUAAGACAGUUUACCCAUCUGGUCCCCUCCAACUACAGGUCCCAUCAUUCUCAGCUGGUCCGGCUUUUGGCUGCAGUAGAAGGACUUCCCUUGUUCCCAUGCCUGAUCUUCCCUGGAUGUCUUCUCUUGUCAUGGAGGCUUCCUUCCUCUUAGCUUCUAUCACUAUAACAAGCUACUCAGCGCUGUGUGGCCUGAAAAAUCUUGAGGACUAGGAACAAGCGUUUGCUUUGGCUUUGAUGUUCUGGAGACAAGAUUUAGACGAGCCACUUUGUCUAGAAAGAUUCCAUCGUCCUUACAGUUAUUAAUUAUUUUAAAUGUAUUUGUUCCUCUCUUUUCUGGCAUGGACAUACUGAGUUUGAAUGAAAUUUAAGGUUUUUAUGGCAAAUUGCUGCCCUAGCCUUAGGAUGAUUAACCAGAAAUGUGGAAGGAGGAGGGGAAAGGAGUGGAGUGAUAUCUAAUCAUAUUUUCCAGAGUUAGAUCCAAAUGUAAGCCAUAGAGCUGUCCAAUGGGAAGGCUUAGUUGGAGCACAAGGUUGAAUGUAAGAUUCCCUUGUUGCUUUAUUUAUGGUGACACUCCCUUGGCUGGCCACUAGAGGGAGGUGCUGUGUGUUUAUUGGAAUUAAAAAAAAAACACAGGUCACAUGGCUGGCUGAGGAAUUCUGGGAAUUGAAGUCCACACUUGAGGUUGCAAAACAUUGAUCUAGAAUACAGGUUAAAUUGCAAUUGGUGUGUGUCUGUUGGAGGGGCGUGCAUGCGUGCAUCAAAUAUAUAUAAAAUCACAUGCUGUGCAACGGAUCAAACAAGAUCUUUCCCUCUCUGUUUCUUCCCAUGCUGUAGAAACGUUUCCCAAAUGCCAUUAAUAAAAAGAUAGUAGAGAAAUAACAA